AGCUGAUCAAGUAGUGAGACAAGCAGUCAGAGCAGUAGCAGCACAGCAGCAGCAGCAGCAGCAGCAUCAGCGCUCGAGUCACUAGGAGCCGCCGCGGCAGAAGCAGCAGCACUAUCAGACACAGCAGAGGCAGCAGCAGCAGCAGCAGCAGCAGCAGCAAACUCUCUCCUCUCUUUUCCUCUUCUUUCUGGAGUUGCUCCCUGCUCAGAGGAAAAAAGCCCAGGAAGUAGGAGGGAAGUGGUUUAGGGCUGAAAGCUGCCAUCAAAAACAAAACCCUAAACGCAGACCUGGCUGCCCCCAUGCCUAUCGAAUUUGUUUGCAAAAUCAAAUUUGCAGAGGAGGAUGAGAAGCAGAAAAACAAGCAGGAUGGGGACAAGGAAAGCCUGAUCGAGGAGAGCUGCACACCUCCGGUUAAGGACUUGGCUGGGUUUGCCAACUCCAGCUCUCUCCAUGGGAUUAAUCACAUCUUUGUCUCUGGUCGCCUGGGCAUCCGGCAGACUCUCUGGGCUCUCGCCUUUUUGACUUCCCUGGCGCUUUUUCUAUACCACGCAGCCAAGUGUGCCAUCUCUUACCUGGAGCACCCUCACAUCACAUCUCUGAAUGAAGAAGCGACCCCGGAGAUGGUUUUCCCCGCCGUGACCAUCUGCAACAUCAACCGCUUCCGCUUCUCCGCACUCUCUGACGCCGACAUCUACCACCUGGCUAACUUGACGGGGCUGCCUCCUAAAAACAAGGAUGGCCACAAACCCCAUGAUUUAAUGUAUCCUGCCCCUGACAUGCAGGACAUCUUCAACAGGACAGGACAUCAGUUAGAUGAGAUGCUCAAGAGCUGCAACUUCAGUGGACAGAACUGCUCUGCGGAGGACUUCUCUGUGGUGUACACCAGAUAUGGGAAAUGCUACACUUUUAAUGGCAACAGGACGACAUCCAGGAAAAGCAAGCAGGGUGGAAUGGGAAAUGGGUUGGAGAUCAUGUUGGAUAUUCAGCAGGAUGAGUAUCUGCCCAUCUGGAGAGAAACAAAUGAGACAUCCCUGGAGGCCGGCAUCCGGGUCCAGAUCCACAGUCAGGACGAGCCCCCCUACAUCCACCAGCUGGGCUUUGGCGUCUCUCCGGGCUUCCAGACCUUUGUUUCAUGUCAGGAGCAGAGGCUGACCUACCUGCCCCAACCCUGGGGGAACUGCCGCUCCACCAGCAAAGAGAAGUUCCCGGGAUACGACACGUACAGCAUCAGCGCCUGCCGCCUGCUCUGCGAGACCAACGAGGUGCUGCGCGUGUGCGGCUGCAGGAUGGUGCACAUGCCCGGAACUGCUGAUAUCUGCCCUCCCAGUAAAAUCAACUGUGUUGACAAAGCACUCGCACAGCUACAGAAGAACACUGGGGAUACCUGUCCAUGCGAGACGCCUUGUAAUCUCACGCGCUACGGUAAAGAGCUCUCCAUGGUCAAAAUCCCCAGCAAAGGCUCUGCUCGCUAUCUCUCCAGGAAAUACGACAAGUCAGAGGACUACAUCAGAGACAACUUCUUGGUCUUAGAUAUCUUCUUUGAAGCUCUGAACUAUGAAACAAUUGAGCAAAAGAAAGCCUACGAUGUUGCGGGUUUAUUAGGGGACAUUGGUGGACAGAUGGGUUUAUUCAUUGGAGCCAGCAUCCUGUCAAUCCUAGAAAUACUGGAUUAUGUCUAUGAGGUGAUCAAGCAACGGCUACAACGUCUGCUGAGGCCGCAGAAAGAGCAGAAGAAGAGCAAGCAGCAGCCCAGCACUGUUGCAACAGUGGGCCUCGAGGAGAUGAAAGCAAAGGAGCCCAAUGACAUGCCACGGAGUCACCCAGAGGGGGCGUAUGCCAACACCAUCCUCCCCAACCACCACCAUCCGCACCCUCACCACCAUCGCCCCGGGCACCAUGGGGUGUUUGAGGACUUCGCCUGCUAGAGCCAACCGACGUCCCCUGUCCUGGUGACACCAAAAGAUAAAAGCUGUCUGUGUUCAGAUCAAUUACAGAGCCUCGGCGUUUGCGUCGCUCCUUUGCUGUCACCAGUGAAAAGCUACAGCCAAAGUCGAACACCAAACUCGUGCUGCUAACAAAGCACUUGUACGUACAGUAUUUAGGCACAAAUUGGACACCGCUUUUCAUUUUUCUCUCUGGACCCCUCUCAUCUUCGUCCAGCUUCACACGAACACGUCUUUGUGUUUUCAGGACUGGUUUUCGGUACAUGAUCACAAAGAACGACAGGAGGACCGCAUGUCAACUUGAUCCAGUUUAUACUCCGAUUAUUUAUUUAUCAAGCUCAGAUUUAUUUUGUUUGUAUCCUCUCCUCCAUCUAUUCCUUCAUGGAAAACACUCUGUACCAUGACAUGUCGUUACACAUUAUGUCAUUAUUUAAAGAGAUACUAUUAUCUACUGUAUAUGUUCUAUAUUGUAUACAAGAUGAGAAUACUUACAGUAAUCUCACUCAUGCUUCAUCCAUCAGAGAUACAAGGGGGGUUAUUUAGGCUAUACUGUAUGACCUUGGCUUAGAAGAUCUAGCAGCAUCUUUGAUAAACUGUCUGCUCUGUGGUUAAGGUGUUAGAGAGUAGCAUUGUACCUGUAUAUAAAACUUUAAAAGGAGAAAGUUAUAAAGUUCUGUUUCAAUGGUUGUUGUUUAUCUUCAGUUAAUAUAUAACUUAUGUAAUAUGAAUUUGAGUUAUUUAUACAUUUCAGAGAAGACUUUUAUACAACAAUAACGAUCACGAUUGUAGCAUUUACUGAACACUUUAUGAUCUACAGAUAUGUCAGACUGCCAAACAUCAAUACAUGUGUCCAGCUGACACACAUGGACUGUAUGGAUUGUGAUAUACUAUUAUCUACAUCUUUUCCUUUUAUGCUUUUUUUCAACACUCAAAACCUGGAUGAGAGUUGAAUGAUGUUUUCAGUUAUGACAUGGUUGUACUUCUUAUUCAAAUCAUUUCUGCCCACCAUCCACUUUGGUUAGCAUCAUAACUUUAAGCUGACAUAAGCAAUAAGAAACAGAAUUUUAUUUUUUGCCGAGUCAUCUCCGUCAGCUUGUGAGCCAGUACCACUGUAAAAGUCUAGCAGCUAUUUACAGUUCAGACCCUGUGUGAGUGUGACUGUGUGUGUGUGUUUGUUUGUUUGUUUGCAUGUACACUUUAACAUUUUUGCACACAUGACUGAGCAGCACAUAGAGCUGAGCUGAUCCGUGGGGCGAAAAAGGAAAAUUGGAAUAGUUAGAAAGAAAGUAGGGAGUUUUAUUGCAGUGUGGCAGUUUUUAUCGAUUAAAUGUAGGGUAAGGAUGGCUCAGAGUUUAAUUUAAAAAAUUGCUCUGGAAAGCUGAAAUAUUCUUACUGGGACGCUUAAUCCUCAAUGGGCGGGACAAAGACACAAAAGAGCACAAAAUGGCCGAGUGGGAAUGAAAAAUAAAAAGAGACUUAUCUAUUCAUCCAUAAUAAUGUCCGUCUGCAUCAUUGAAGGUCAGCUUGCUCUCUUAUCCUUAUGCACUGCAGGAACUUAACAACCUGUAACAUCUGGAUUCAUAUAAUCUGGAAGUUUAAGCCUUCUUUCUUGGGUUACAAUUUAUAAAUGUAUACGUAUUACACUGUAACAGUGAUACUAACUUCACCAUAGAAGCGGGACAGACAACAAUGGAAAUAGUUGAGAAAUUAUUGAUUAUGUUGCACAUGCAUGCUAGCUCCAGGGCACUGCUGCUGAUGGUGGUGAGAAAGGGGUCCAGCUCUUUGAUCCAAAUUUUAGUUUUUAAUCCGUUUGAUUUUUUUUCAGCACUGUACUACUAUGUGUCGUCUCUUCUUCUUCUCCUUGUAUUAAUGGUUCCUUUAACCAGACGUCUUUGUUAACCUUGCAACCUUUUUUUAUUUUUUUGAUUGUCCUGCUCAAUAUACAUACAGUUGUUAAACGGCAGUGGCUUUUGUUAUGUUUGUUGUAAUAGCUUAUGUUGUGCUGUGACGACACAUCUGCUUGGUUGAUCACUCUCGGUAUCGGGAUUUUUUAAAUAAGGAGGCACACAGAGACCAGGAGCUAGUCAGAUGGGGGUCCAUGGGAAAUAAGAACAUUCUAUUAGAAAUAAAUACAGCAUUGACAAUUUACUUAGAAAACAUUUGGCACAAAUGUGUGGCUCUUGAACAGUGCAGUGUGCCCUAACACAGGUGGUAUUACACUUCACCAGACCCUACAUUGCCCCUGCUACCCCAGCCCAAUGGCAUUAGUGGAUAGUGGUUGACAAAAUUAAAAGAAUGACAGAAGCUACAUGUUAAGUUAUGUUAAGUUCCUGUAGUAGAAAAUGGCUUUGGAUCUAAUUAACUACGGAUAGUACUUGUGUUUUUAUAAGAAUAGGCACACUUGCAUCAUUUUUUGCAAGUAUUAGUUUAGCUUUGUUUUCCUCUUUAAUGAAAGAAGCAUUCAGAAAUGACAAAAUGGAAGACAUGCAGUCUUUUUUGUAUUAACUCUCACCCACAGAAUAUUAGAUGCUUUGUUUUAUUAGUGUGUUGUAAUUCAUCUUCCAUAUUUGAAAAUUCACAUUUUGUUGUAUUACAGGAAAUGAUGUGCUUAUUAAUAACUAGACAAUUGUUUUUGUCUGGGAGGAGAUGUUGAUCAUGUUUCCCUCAUGGUAACUGUUCAUGCAUUAGUUUCGGCUUCAAAACAGACAUUUCAUCCUGUUUUGCUGCCCUUUGUGAACAAAUUGUGUUGCUAAAUAUGACUGAAGCAUAACCCUAAACCGCACAAACCAAGCCUGCUUAAAGACAGGCCUUUGACAAUCCACUCAGUAUGUAAUUCAUAACAAUUGUCUGGCAAUGUAUAAAAUACUUAACAUCACCGAAAAUCAUGUUAACAAAUGUAGACAUAAUGUUUCUGUUAAUCCUAUCCGUGUUGUGGUUGCUAUAACGUUGCUCUUCACCACUUUAGCUAACAAUGAGAUUCCACAGUCCUCCAUCUGUCAAAUCCCCUCCUCCUGUCAAGUAAUCAUGGGCUAUACAUGGCCGUUUAAUAUUCAUAAUCAUGUGUCACUUUGACAUUUUCAAAAGGUUCCCAAUCACAAGUCUCUGAUGGCAUCCUGUACAGGCUAUGCAUAACAAUCUUCUCCUCUGUCAUCAAUAAUUGUAGCUAUCCUCAGACGAGUCACACAGGAGGGGGUGGGGGGGGAGGUGUUGAGAUGAAUACUGGGCUGCAUUAUUACUGAACAGUUUUGUUUCAAUGGUCAAGCCUGGGGUCCAUGUAGAAAGCUUUUCUAUCCUCCAGAUGCUGAGCUGUGUAAAACACAACCUGAUUCAUUCUAUAUACAAAAGCAUUAAGAAAAAAGAGGUUGAUUUUACAGCAGUCUGAGAGAGGUGCCACAGGACUGAGCAUGGGCGGCGAGUCUGUACUGUAGCAGAUGGGACAACUUCCCUGCUUGAUAACAUGUAGCUCGCAUUCCUGGGAUUCCUCAGGGCUCUACUCUCAGCUCCCUUAUGCACAGCUCUUUGGGCCUACCUUUUUAUAGCUCCAUGUCAUUCAGUCACAUGUGCUCUAUAUUACCCGUAAAAAUCAAUUUGAUUGGAGCAGCCACCGAUAUUAACAUUUUGAGAUCUGCUGUUAUGUCUUUCCUUUUUCAGCCGCUUUUAUUUUAAGCUAAGAGGUCAUCUGAGAAGAGAGGACAGUCUGAGUGCAGGGUGACACAAGCAGCUGUCAGGAAUUCCUGAGGAAGAAUGCCAUCCCAUAUCUGACAGACAAGGAAAUUGACCAUCGCUGCAGUGACAAGGAACGCUGAGAUUGUGUACAGAUGUGUGAUCUUGUGAUUAUUUUCUGUUAGAACACAUUUUAUAAAUGUUAAAUAUGGUAAAUACGAUAACUAUUAAAGUUUAGAUUGGUAAAACCAGUGCCUCCUAAA